AUGGGGAAGGUAGUUAGUGACAACCAAUCUGCUUUUAUUAAGGGCCGGUCUAUUGUGGAUAAUAUCUUAGUUUGCCAUGAUAUUGUUAGGGGUAUUGAGCAGAAAGGAACUUCGCCUACGGCAGUUUUGAAGAUUGAUUUACAUAAGGCCUAUGACUCUCUUAGUAGGAAAUUUCUUUUUGAGAUCAUGGAGCGGAUGGGGUUUCCAAGCAUGUUUAUUCGGUGGGUGAAGGCGUGUGUUGACACACCAUGCUUCUCAAUCCUUCUUAAUGGGAGUCCUACAGUUACUUUAGGGGAGGAGGGGAAUUCGGCAGGGGGACCCCUCUCCCCUUAUUUGUUCACUAUAGCCAUGGAAGGUUUCUCGGCUUUGAUGCGGAAGUUAGAGAUGGAGGGGCAGAUUAGUCUACCCGCCUAG